UAGUUUUUUUUUUUUUUUUGUUAUUGCAUUUAAUUAGUAUCGGAAAUUAUUUUUAUAUUGCGUACGCGUCUCAUCGUCGCGGGUAUAAUAUUUUGUUUACACCGUGUUCGCGUUGUACUAGUGAGUGACGACUACGACAUAUUUUGCAUUAUAUUUUAAAGUGAUCACCUAUCGCGAUGUGCUGUACACAUUUUAGUCGACUCGUCGCCGCCGUUGGAAAUUAUUUACAGUAGGUAACGGGAUAUAAUAUAUAUUUUCAUAUUUUUCCUUCACGUUAUUCGCGUUCGAGGCAAAUCGAACGGUUCGCGUUAAACCAAACCAACGGCGGCGGCUUCUCUCGUCGCGAUGGAGGCGGACGAUCAUCAGGACGACGAAAUUAAAGAGUCGAUGAGCGAAACCGAAGACGAUAAAGACGUGAAGCAGCAGCAGCAACAGCAACAGCAGCAGCAACAACAACAACAACAACAACAACAACAACAACAACAACAAGACCAACAACCGACCAUAGUACAAAUGCACAAUGGCCAGCCUCAAAUUAUUACUUUAGCCAAUUUGCAGAAUUUAUUGCCUAUGCAGCAAGUACAACAAUUGACUCAGAACCAACAAAAUCAAGGUAUCAAAACCAUAACAUCAAAUGGCACAACAAUUCAACCAAUAUUUUCAGUUCAGGGAUUACCUGGUCAAUUUAUUCAACAAAAUAAUCAAACAAUAACAGUUGAUGGACAAGAAGCACUGUUUAUUCCUACAAAUUCUAAUAAUGGCCAAGGGGCACCUACCAUAUUCACACCAACAGGACAGAUAGUUCGACCAUUGCAAACGAUACAGCUCCAAUCAGGGCAAAACAUUUCUGUACGCCAAUCUAACAUGCCACAAGUAGUACAGUUGCCAUCUGUUCAGCAAACUAUACCUGUUCAAGUGCCUAUAUCGUCUAAUGGCCAGACUUUAUAUCAAACGGUGCAUCUUCCUAUACAAUCUUUUGCUUCAUCUUUACCCAAUAUCAUACAGGGCAAUCAAGGUCAAUUGAUGCAAAUCCCACAGUUGGCUCAAAUGACUCAGUCACCUCAAAUGGCACAAAUAGUGAACAGUAAUGGUCAGAUACAGACUGUGCAAUUAACAUCACCAAUUGGUAAUGGCCAACAAAUACAGUUAGUAAAUACAUCCAAUGCAAAUAAUCAGUACCAAAAUGCAACAACUCCAGCUACUUCACCAAGUGUCAUGCAUACAAAUUCAUCUCCAAAUUCAUCUUCGAGUAGCAAUGAAAAUAGCCCACAACCACAACCUGUGACAAUUCAAACCCAGUCUGGUCAAACUUUACAACUAAUUCCUCAACAAUUAACUCUUGGAAAUAAUCCUCAACAAUUAACAGUAAUACCAACAAACAACCUUCCUCAGUUUUUACAAAACAAUAAUGGCGUUACUAUUAGAGGAAAUAAUGUUGUUCAGUUACCAGCAACUACUCAAAACACAAAUCAACCACAAACUGUGAAUAUACCAGGGAUUGGAACUGUACAAAUUAUUACUUCUCUCGGAGGACAAAGCACAUCUAAUGCUACUCAAACCAUACCACCAGGUCUACAAAAUAUACAAGUCAUCAAUGCUACAUCUGGGCAACAAAUAGAAAACAUGGAUCAAAAAUGGCAAAUUAUUCCAAUUGCUGGGACAAUGUUUCAGGAUGGGACUGCAGUAACAGAAUAUGAUUCUCCAGGUGAGGAAAAGCCGCGAACAAGAAGAGUAGCUUGUACAUGCCCUAAUUGCUGCGAUGGUGAAAAACGUAAUGGUGCUGGUAAGAGAGUACAUAUUUGCCAUGUGCCAGGGUGUAAUAAAAUGUAUGGAAAAACAUCUCAUUUACGGGCUCAUCUUAGAUGGCAUACAGGUGAACGACCUUUUAUUUGCAACUGGCAACACUGUGGUAAACGAUUUACUCGAUCCGACGAACUUCAGAGACAUAAUAGAACGCAUACAGGAGAGAAGAGGUUUCAGUGUAAUGAAUGCCCUAAACGAUUUAUGCGUAGUGACCACUUACAAAAACAUGUUAGAACUCACUUGAAACAAAAAAUGAUGGAAGGUAAUAGCGUUGUAGUUGGUUUAAAACAAGAUUCCGAAGUAGAUGAUGAAAUGGAUAAUAUAGCGCCUAAACAUCAUAAUAUGAAUAACAUAAUUUUAGAACAAGAUGACGAUAGUUCCUCUUCUUGUGAAAAUAAAAUGAUUAUUUUACAUGAUGAAAAUGUAUAACUUUUUUUUAUAUUUACAUGUUACCUAUGUGUAAUGAUUUUUUUAAACGUAUUUUACUAAUGUAGUUUCCAUAAGUUGAUUUAUUAUGUUCAUGACUUAUUAUGUUAAUAAUUUGAUAUUAUUGUGUACUGUUAUUUUCUGGGAUUGAUAUUAUGUUAUC